ACUUCAUGCCAUUUUUUCCAAAACUCCCGGCAGACUUUUCCAUUUUCCCAUGUUCUCUCACCCAUUCUUCUACAAAACCCCUCUUCAGUCCCUAUGCAACAGUGUUUCCAGUCUCCACCUCGCCUUUCCCCCCUUUCCUUCUGCCUUCCCACUUCGCACUGAACAAAAGCUGCGUCUUUCAACUUUUCAUUCUAUGAAGAUGCCUUGUUUAGGAGGCAAAAGAGGAACAAUAGAGAGAGCACUGGCUCCUGCCUCUUCCAUCUAAAAUACUCCAUAAUCUUCAUCAAGAUUAUUCUUCACCUGAAAUGGGUAUAAAAUCUGAUUGCUCAUCUUCUAUUCUGCUAUGUGCUGAGGAAGACAGCAGCAUCUUAAGCUUUGAUGAGGAAGAAGAGGCUGAGAAGCAUUGGUCCGAUUGUUCAGUUCAGCAAAAAAGCUGUGAUUUAUAUGGGCGUUUUUUCAACGAUUUUCCUCUUCUAUCUGAUGAGUGUUUGGGCUUGUUGAUAAAGAGGGAGGUGGAGCAUCUGCCCCGGGAGGACUACGCCCAGAGGCUGAUGAGUGGGUGUAUGAAUUUUUCGAUUAGAAGAGAUGCCAUUGAUUGGAUUUUAAAGCUUCAUGACUAUCACAAUUUUGGACCUUUGAGUGCUUACCUUGCUGUAAACUAUCUGGAUAGGUUCCUGUCAUCCUAUGAGCCCCCUCAAGGCAAAGACUGGAUGGCUCAAUUAUUAUCUGUAGGCUGCUUAUCUUUGGCUUGCAAAAUGGAAGAAAUAGAAGCCCCUCUAUUGCUUGACCUGCAGGUGAGUGAGACCAAAUUUGUCUUUGAGGCUAAGACUAUCCAAAGAAUGGAACUUCUAGUGCUAAGCACUCUCAAAUGGAGGAUGCAAGCUGUGACUCCUUUCUCCUUCAUAGACUACUUCCUUCAUAAGCUCAAUGGUGACAAUUCCCCCUCCAAGACAUUAGUCACUCGAGCAGUAGAGCUCAUCCUUUGCACCCUUCGAGGCAUUGAUUUUCUAGCAUUCAGACCAUCUGAAAUAGCUGUGGGUGUCACGCUGUCGGUGAUGGGCGAAGCACAACCUCUAAAUGCCUUUGAGACCAUCUCUUGCUGCAACAUGAUGGAUGAGGAGAGAGUGUUGAGAUGCCACAAAAUCAUACAGGAGGAGAUAAUAAAUUGUUGUGAAGAUCCAAUGAGUGGGAUUCCAUUAGUUCAUUCUUUGCCACUGAGCCCAAUUGGGGUUCUGGAUGCUGCAAGUCUGAGCUACAAGAGUGAUGAACUGACAUCUGGCUCCCAAUCAAGUUGGUGCCUUUCUUCUCCAGCAGGAAAGAGAAGAAGACUUAGCAGGUCAUCCAGCUCAAUAAGAGGAACUGAGACUCUUUAGUUUGAUUUUGAUUGAAUUGUUUGAGAGGAUCAAUGCUUGUAGGUAAUUGAGUUUGAUUCGGUGUGAGAUCAAUCUCGGAACUAUUCUGAGAAGUUCUUAGAAGUUGGACGACAACAUGAAGCAAAAUGAGAAGAUAGAUGGAGGCAAAACAAGAAAUUAUGAAGUUGGCGAUCAGUUGCCAAUGAAUUUUCAAAUAAAACCAGAGAAAAAAAAAUGAGAAAGGGAGGCUGCUAUGUGUGAUAGGGAGAUGAUGAAGUGUGGAGUUUUGUUGUUCUUCCAUUGCCAUUUUCCUUCAAAAAAUGAAAAAAAUACCAUUUUGGCGAUAAAAAAUUAAUAUUUGUGUUACCUUCCUCUGCCAAAACAAAGAAGAAACAUUAGAUAUAUUUGUUUUGGAGGAUAUUAUAUGUUAGAACUGCCUUAGCUGUAAUUUUGCUGUAUUUCAUUUCUGUUGGUUGACUGAUUGUCUGCUUAGACCAUGGAAUUUACAGUUUCUGUAGCAUUAAAGAAGGGGGGCCUUGGGAACACAACAAAAGCCAAGGUGAAUAAAAUUCAGAUUAGUUGGUGUGAGCAUGCAGAUUUCAGCCCAUAGAUUUGGAUCCUUUCAAACCAACAUGGAGAUGGUACAUGUGCAGUUAGGAUUAGUUCUACUAGUUUAUUUGAAAAUCAUACUGAGAUUCCGAAGGUUAAUACUGUCAUUCAAAUGA